GUUCUCGGCAAGUAGGAAGCCUUUCUGCACUCUUCGUUUUGGGCCACCAAAGAACGCACGCUAGCAGCCAUGCACCCACGACCAACAGCCUCAGCCACCACUACGACUUGGUCAAUGAUGUCGUCCGACCCGCAAACGAUGCUCUUCCAGUACCAGCCUGCACCGCUACAAUGGCCACUGGCGUUUACGCAGGUGCCAAACACACAACUGCAACAACAACAGCAGCAGCAGCAGGGGUCAGCACUUGCCCCAGCCCAGCAGCCCAGUGCAGCUCGACCUCACAUGCGGCGACAAAGCGCAACCUAUCACUCAAUGUCAUCGCUAAAUGGAUAUGUCCCAACAGGGUACACCCACACAGCAAUGUAUGUGCCGGCCGCGCCAUCGUAUCAAGUGCAGCCACCACACCAACAUUCGUACCAUGUGCAGCCAUUCCAGCUUGCUUCUGUUGCACCUGCCAUGCCGGCUCCAGCGUAUACGGUGCCACGCUCGCUGCCAUCGUCGGAGACCCCUGUUCAUGAGGCUGGUGCUCUUGCCAUCCAGGGUCUCUACUCCCAAGUGCAGCUCUUGUCCAUCGGCGGCAACGCCGUCAGCAAGCGCUUCUUCCUCCCCCAUGCACACCGCACGCUAAUUGGCCGGGCCAUUGGAGCCGGUGGCGCAACGAUCCGUCGCAUCAUCAGCACGAACAGCGUGCAGAUCUUCGGCCUCCCCAACAAGACAGACCCAUUCAAACCCUCUUACCCGAUAACGGUGGAGGGUGCCAAGUCGACGGAUGUUGACAAUGCAAUUUCGGAGCUGCAAGAGCUUUUGCUUCUCAGCCCAGCUGGUCACACCGCCAACGCUUCCACAACCGCUCCAACCCAUUUGGAAACCACUUUUCAGCUCGACCAUUCCCACCGCAAACACCUGGGACGGCUUUUUGGGCCUGGUGGUAGCACCAUUCAACAGCUCACGCGCAAGUAUAAAGUACAGGUGUUUGGCCUUCCCAGCAGAGUCACUCCGGAACAGGACUCGUAUUCCAUCACUGUUCGCGGUGCUGUGGUUCGGGACGUGACGCAGUUCAUCAUUGAGCUUUUCGAGAUUGUGUCGCAGCCCAGCCCAGACCGUAACCCCUUUGUACGCAAAGGAUCAAAGUCGCAUGUGCCGAUUCAUGAGAUGGAAGCCACGCCGUGCCAAAUUAAGGACAUCCCUGCCAUGGUCCAGGACGGCGGUGAAGUCAAGGUGAACAUUUCAGCUGUUGUGCUGGACCUCGUCCAUGGCGGACGCCUGACGCUGUGCGACGGCGCCCACACGAUCAAGUGCUCUCUGUUGCAGAAACAGGCAGUGGACGCACUAUCGCGUGGCAUGCCCGUGAAAGUUGUGGGUAUUGCAGGCACUGCGAAGCAGACUCUGAGUAAGUCUCGCACCGCGUCCUCAUCAACAGAUGAUGAUGCAAGUUUGGAAUUGGCAGAGCCGAAAGAAUACGCCAUUGUUUGGUCCGUCCAACUUCGCCAGGCUACAGUGGAAGAUAUAUCGAGGGCUGAUGUAAACGGAGGCAACACGAUCACACCCACCAUGGUCUGGGCAUUCCUGCUUCGAUUGAACGAAGCAACAAACGAGCCAGAGGCACUGCUUGUGCGCAGCAUCGACUCCUCGGGGGCAGUGAACCUGUUUAUGGCCAUCCGCGAAUUGAACAAGCGGCUGCAGAAGAGGGCCACCACAAGCGAGGACAUUGCCUUCUACUGCCGCUCGUGUCUGCGCGCUGUCGAGUCCGGCCGGCAGUUUUUUGAGAAGGGGGAACUGGAAGCACUGGCCACAAACGGUCACCUCUCCCUGGCUCCCCUUGAACCCACGGUGGAGACGCAUGCAGGGCUGGUACGCAAGCUGCGGGAUGACAUCAAGGCCUUUGGGAAGGCAGAGCUUGAGAGACGCGAGCAAUUCGCCAACGUGCUCACAGACACCGACGGUCAUCGCUGGCGCACGCCAAAUGGAUACAUGAACCAUAUUCUCAACACGGCAUCAAGGUUUGAGUCUCCAAUGGAAGCGGCAAGGCGGCUGCUCAUGUUUGAGCUUCGAGUGCUCCUGGUGAAUGACGAUGACGAGCCCAUCCUGACACACUCUGUGGAAGCGGACCCCGUUGAUGGUGUGGCUGUGAAGCACGAAUGCAUCUGCUUCCAAGCCCGCCCACAAGGCGGUGGCGGCGGUGAUACCAAUGUGCCAGCAUCGACCCUGCUGCCGCUCCCCAGGGAGGUUGCUGAGGUGAAGUGGGUGGCGCUCAGCGAUAUUCGCAAGGACAUGGAGGCCUAUGCUCGUCGGAAGCAGAUCUGUGGCGAUGACCCUGUUGCCACCCAAUACGCCCAUGUCCUGCCGACGGCCACUCACCAGCCGGAACAAAGCGUCGCUGUGCUCGACAAACUUGCGGAGACCAUCAACGACCACCUUGCACAGCAAACCUGAGGGUGACGUCAUCAAGAAUUUUUGUGGAUGUCAAUAACUAACUUUCUGCGUUGGUUUUGUCUGUUUGUUUGUUUGGUUAUUGUUUGAUUGACACCCCUUCACCUCCUCUCCCGCGUGUUGCUAGCGCGUUGCGCGUGCAUGCUCGUGUGCAUUUAAUGAGUUAAACCUUGUGCCGCGUGGAUGUGUGUGUGUGUGCGUGUGUGUGCGUGUGUGUGUGUGUGUGUGUGUGUG